AAGGCAGCGAGGAGGAGCCAUACCCCAGGCGAGAGCCGUACUCGGACAUACUCUUCCUCCAGUUCGUGCUUCAAGCCCCGUCAGACGGUCGGAAACAUUUGGGCGCAUUCCUGGCGGAAACGAAAACAGAAACCGGUAUGACGGACGGAAGAAUAUCGCGCGUCGAAGUCAUCGACGUGCGUUUCCCUACGUCGUUGGAGUUAUACGGCUCUGAUGCCAUGCACACAGAUCCGGACUACUCGUGCGCCUACGUCAUCAUUAGCACGGACAAUAACCUGCAAGGCCACGGACUCACUUUCACGGCUGGACGAGGGACAGAAAUUGUCGUGGCAGCUGUAAAAGCGCUGAUCCCCAUCAUCAGAGGGGUGUCACUGGAGUCCAUCUAUUCCAACUUUGGCCAGUUCUGGCGGAAGCUCACUAGCGACAGUCAACUCAGAUGGGUGGGUCCAGAAAAAGGCGUCAUCCACUUGGCCACCGCGGCCGUCGUCAACGCCCUCUGGGAUCUCUGGGGAAAGAUUCGAGGCAAACCGGUCUGGAAGCUCUUGGCAGACAUGGACCCCGAAGAAAUUGUGUCCCUCAUCGAUUUCAGAUACUUGUCGGACAUACUUACCAGGGAGGAAGCAAUAGAAAUUCUACAAAAGAAGAAAAGCACCAGGGCCCAACGAGAACGUGAGUUGACAACUAAUGGCUACCCCGCUUACACCACUGCAUGCGGCUGGAUCGGCUACGGGGAUGAGAAAAUAAAAAAGCUCUGUCGCGACGCUCAAAGCGAAGGUUUCACGAGUUUCAAGGUCAAAGUGGGACAAAAUCUGCUGGACGACAAGCGACGGCUUCAAGUCGUCCGCUCCACCAUUGGUGACAAGUGCAAGCUGAUGGUUGACGCCAAUCAGUGCUGGGACGUCAAGGAGGCGAUUUACUGGAUGAAGGAGCUAUCCGACUACCGAAUCCACUGGAUCGAGGAACCGACGUCGCCGGACGACAUUCUGGGUCACGCCACCAUUUCGAAGGCGCUCGCUCCGUUGGGCAUCGGAGUGGCUACGGGGGAGCAGUGCCAGAACCGGGUCAUGUUCAAGCAGUUCCUCCAGGCGGGGGCUCUGCAGUUCUGCCAGAUCGACAGCUGUCGCCUCGGAGGCGUCAACGAGAACCUCGCCGUUAUCCUCAUGGCCGAAAAGUGCAAAGUUCCCGUGUGCCCGCACGCCGGAGGCGUCGGCCUGUGCGAGCUUGUGCAGCACCUUUCCUUCUGGGACUACAUUUCUGUGUCUGGCACGAUGGACAAUAGGGAAAUUGAAUAUGUCAACCAGCUGCACGAGCACUUCAAGACACCGGUGAUCGUGAAGAAUGGCCGAUAUAUGCCACCCCAUGCUCCUGGGUACAGUUGCGAGAUGCUCCCUUCGUCCAUCGAAAAGUUCAGGUUUCCUGACGGCUCCUUCUGGAAGGAGUCUGCCAACUUUAAGGGUGUCUUUUAGGUCCCUGUCCUAGACACCCUUAGGGCCAGCUGCUUGAGCAAACAUUGGUGAUUGAAGAACUUGAGAGCAUGCCAGCAUCGAAGUUCAAGGAUAAACUUUCUGGGUUUUUGCAA